UGGCGCCCCGUGUACCUGCCGUUUCUGGACGCUCCUUUCCCCGCAGAAUGAAGCCUCCGUGCGGCCGCUGAAAGCCCCCGGAGCCGCCUACACCGAGCCGUGCCCCCGCGGAACACCCCUGCGCCCCCGGGACCCCGACACUCCCCGAGGAUUCACCCACAAACCGACACUUUGACCCGGGUUCGUUCACUGCGCCCCGGUUAGCCCCGUUAGCUCCGCGGGCUAAGCUAACGUUAGCAUCAGCUGGAGUCCAUCUUCCAAACACGAAAAGAUGAUGGAGAGGAGCGUGUACAUCGUUCAGGGGGAGGUGGGGCUGGUGGUCGGAGCCAUCAAGAGGAACUCCCGCUGGAACACGCACACGCCUCUGGAUGAAGAGCAGGAUCCUCUCCUGAACAGCUUCGCUCAGCUCAGAGACGUCCUCAACAACAUUAAAGAUUUGUCCGAGGUCGAGCCAAACGUUUUCCUUCGACCUUUUUUGGAAGUGGUUCGUUCCGAAGACACGACUGGACCAAUCACAGGCCUCGCCCUCACCUCCGUCAACAAGUUCCUCUCGUACGGACUCAUAGAUUCGAGUCAUGAAGCUGCAGCUGAGGCGAUCGAGAACAUGGCCGACGCCGUCACACACGCUCGAUUUGUCGGGACGGAUCCUGCGAGUGACGAGGUCGUCCUCAUGAAGAUACUACAGGUGUUGAGGACUCUGCUGCUCACUCCGGUCGGCGCUCACCUCACAAACGAGUCUGUGUGUGAGAUCAUGCAGUCGUGUUUCAGGAUCUGCUUCGAGAUGAGGCUCAGCGAGCUGCUGAGGAAGUCUGCAGAGCACACGCUGGUGGACAUGGUGCAGCUGCUCUUCUCCAGGUUACCACAGUUUAAAGAAGAAGCCAAAAGUUUUGUCGGUGCCAACAUCAAAAAGCUGAAGAUGAGAGCGGGAGGAAUGAGCGAAUCGUCCAAAUGGAAAAAACAGAAGCGUUCCCCUCGACCGGCGCAUCACAUGGUGCGGAGCCCGAGCGGAACCAUGGACCAAUCAGCUUUAAGCAACAACAACCUCUCAGCCGGGGUGCCGUUCCUGGACGGGGGCUCCGCUCCUGCCGCCCUGACGUCCUCGGAAAGCGCCGGCUCCGUCUCCAGCCCCUCGGACAGCGGAGUGGACUCCUGCUCCAAGACCCCGUCCAGAGAAGAUCUGUCAGAACUGGACCAGAACAGCACCAGCCAGAGCCCCAGCCACCCCCACUCUGACCCGGGGACGGGGGACGCACAGGUUGACCCCGUGAGUUCGGUCCAGUCGGCGUCUGUGGAGUCGAUCCCUGAAGUUUUAGACGACAACACGUCUGUGUCCGACACGUCGUCCGUACACGACAUGGACUAUGUGAACCCACGAGGAGUCCGCUUCACCCAGUCCAUGCACCGCGACGGUGCGUCCCUGAUCCCGUACGGUCUGCCCUGUCUCCGGGAGCUCUUCCGGUUCCUGAUUUCUCUGACGAAUCCUCAUGACCGUCACAACACGGACGCCAUGAUGCACAUGGGCCUCCAGCUCCUCGCCGUCGCCCUGGAAACCGCCAACGUCGCCCACUACCAGAGUCUCCUCCUGCUGGUCAAAGACGAGCUCUGCAGGCAUCUGUUCCAGCUGCUGAGUGUGGAGAGGAUGAACCUUUACGCCUCGUCGAUCCGCUGUUGUUUUUUGCUCUUUGAGUCCAUGAGGGUCCACCUCAAGUUCCAGCUCGAGAUGUACCUGAAGAAGUUGAUGGACAUCAUCACGUGUGAGAACGUGCGGAUGCCGUAUGAGAUGAAGGAAUUGGCUCUGGAGGCCGUGGUGCAGCUCUGGAGGAUCCCGAGCUUCGUCACCGAGCUCUACCUCAACUACGACUGUGACUAUUACUGCAGUAACCUGUUUGAAGACCUGACCAAACUACUGUCCAAGAACGCCUUCCCCGUGUCUGGGCAGCUCUACACCACUCACCUUCUGUCUCUGGAGGCUCUGCUCACCGUGAUCGACAGCACUGAAGCUCACUGCCAGAACAAGACGCCCGGCGGCAGGACCGAGCAGGGGCAGGAGCAGAGACAGGAGCAGAGACAGGAGCAGAGACAGGUGCAGGAGCAGGGACAGGUGCAGGGACAGGUGCAGGACGGAGGCGACGCCGGUCAAGAGAAUCCCGAGACCAACGAGCUCCAGAGGAUUACCCCAAACGGAGGCUCAGUGAACCCCGCUCACAGUGACCCGUCCCUGGGGUACCCUCCCACCAGCGGCCCCCUCAUGGCCGACAAGAUGAGGCUGGGGAGGUCGGACCAACAAGACCCAGAUCCAGGUGAGAAGAAAGUCCAGAAGAAACCUCACAGGUUCUCGUCGUGUUUGCCGGAGUCUCAGGAGCUGCUGGAGAUCAGGACCAAGAAGAAGGUGAGAAAAACACUGAAAUAUUUAUAUAUCGUAUUUAUAUAUUUAUAUAUAUAUCGGUCUGCUGUAUCGAUAUAUCGCCAAGAGGAUUCUUCAGAACAUCAAUUUAAGAAAAACCUGAAGGGAGUGAACGGAAACAAAGACUUCGACCAGGACAUGUUAGAAGAUAUUUACAACGCCAUCAAGACGGAGGAGAUCGUGAUGCCGGAUGAACAGACUGGUUUGGUGAAGGAGAAUUACGUGUGGAGCGUGUUACUCCACCGGGGGGCGUCGUCCGAGGGCCUGUUCCUGCGAGUUCCUCCCGGUUCCUAUGACAACGACCUUUUCUCCAUGACCUGGGGCCCGUCCAUCGCCGCGCUCUCCUACGUCUACGACAAGAGCCUGGACGAGAGCAUCCUGCAGAAGGCCAUCACCGGCUUCAGGAAGUGCGCGUCGAUUGCUGCUCACUACGGCUUCAGUGACGUGUUCGACAAUCUGAUCAUCUCCCUCUGCAAGUUCACCACCCUGAGCAGCGAGUCGGUGGAGAACCUGCCUACGGUUUUCGGGAGUAACGCCAAAGCUCAGACGGCGGCGAAGACGGUUUUUGACCUGUCCCAUCGCCACGGCAACAUCCUGAGAGAAGGAUGGAAAAACAUCAUGGAAUCUAUGCUCCAACUGUUCAGAGCCGAACUACUGCCCAAGGCCAUGCUCGAGGUGGAGGAUUUUGUGGAACCAAAUGGAAAAAUCUCCCUCCAGAGAGAAGAGACGCCUUCAAACAGAGGAGAGUCGGCCGUGUUGAGUUUCGUGAACUGGCUCACGCUGAGCGGAGCUGAACCUUCAGGACUCAGAGGACCUUCAACGGAGAACCAGGAGGCCAAACAGCAGGCGCUCCUCUGCAUCAAGACGUGUGACCCGGAGAAGCUCAUCACUGAGAGCAAGUUUCUGCAGCUGGAGUCUCUGCAGGAGCUCAUGAAGGCUCUGAUCUCCGUGACUCCAGACGAGGAGACGUACGACGAGGAGGACGCGGCCUUCUGUCUGGAGAUGCUUCUGCGGAUCGUUCUAGAAAACAGAGACCGUGUGUCGUGCGUGUGGCAGACGGUCAGAGAUCAUCUGUACCAGCUCUGUGUCCAGGCCAACGACAGCUGCUUCCUGGUGGAGAGAGCAGUGGUGGGACUCCUGCGUCUGGCCAUAAGACUCCUGAGGAGAGAAGACAUCAGCGCCCAGGUGCUGGUGUCUCUGCGUCUUCUGCUCAUGAUGAAGCCUCAUGUUCUGAGCAGAGUGAGCAGAGAAGUUUCCUACGGCCUCCACGAGCUCCUCAAGACCAACGCCGCCAACAUCCACAGCACCGAGCACUGGCACACGCUCUUCACCCUCAUCGAGUGCAUCGGCGCCGGGGUCCGAGCGCCCGCCAGCUUCAGGCUCCAGGCCACCUCCAGCGACCACGACACGGGCGCUCAGUCGGACAGCGAGCUCUCGUCUCACUCUCACUCUGAGUUGGUCGAUCGCGGUUACACGUCCGACCCCGAGAUCUACAACGAGAACAACAAGCCCCGCCUCCCGCGCUCCACCACCGACACCGACGUGAGCAGCGGCUGGCUCGUGGUCGGUAAAGACGACCUGGAGCUAAAACCGCCCGUGAACCCAAAACCAGACUCUAAACCAGACCCAAAGCCUGUUCUGGGUCCUGUUCUGGGUCCGGGUCCGGGUCUCGGUCCAGGCCCGGGUCUGGCCCCGAAGGCGGAGGUGAGGCACGCGUUGGUGAAUCAGUACAGUCUGACGGUGGGACAGGACCUGGGCCAACACGACACCAAGUCUCUGCUCAAGUGUGUGGAGACUCUGUCGUUCAUCGUGAGGGACGCGGCUCACGUCACCCCAGACAACUUUGAGCUCUGCGUGAGGGCCAUACGAGUGUUUGUGGAGGCCAGUCUCAACGGAGGCUACAGAAACCACGACAAGAAGAAGAGCCAUAAAUACGACUCGUCCAAAUCUCGUCUGAGGAAGAAAAACGGCGGCCGUGAGAAGGAAACAGGAAGCAGCGCUCGCAGAGGCAGCGGCAGGUCGACCAAUCAGAGGCCGUCUCGUUCCCAUAGCGAUGAGGAGGAGGACGAGGGCGUCCCCGCAAGUUACCACACGGUGUCUUUACAGGUUAGUCAGGACUUGUUGGACCUGAUGCACACGCUCCACACUCGAGCCGCCAACAUCUACAGCUCCUGGGCUGAGGAACAACGCCACCUGGAGGCCGAGGGCAGGAAGAUCGAGGCCGACUCCCAGACUCUGUGGAGCAGCUGCUGGUGCCCCCUGCUGCAAGGUAUCGCCUGGCUCUGCACUGACGCCCGUCGACAGGUGCGCAUGCAGGCGCUCACCUACCUGCAGAGGGCGCUGCUGGUCCACGACCUGCAGACCCUGGACGCAGCCGAGUGGGAGUCCUGCUUCAACAAGGUUCUGUUUCCUCUCCUCACCAAACUCCUGGAGAACAUCAGUCCUGCAGAUGUGGGCGGGAUGGAGGAGACGAGGAUGAGAGCCUGUACACUACUGUCCAAGGUGUUCCUCCAGCACCUGUCGCCCCUGUUGUCCCUGCCGACCUUCGCCGCCCUGUGGCUCACCAUCCUGGACUUUAUGGACAAAUACAUGCACGCAGGCUCCAGCGACCUGCUGCUGGAGGCCAUCCCAGAGUCCCUGAAGAACAUGCUGCUGGUGAUGGACACGGCUGGGAUCUUCCACAGCUCCGACUCGGGCUCCGGAUACUCGGACCUGUGGAGCAUCACGUGGGAACGAAUCGUGUGUUUCCUGCCGCACCUGAAGGAGGAGCUCUUCAAACAGACCGUCAUCCCAGAGCCUGUGCCGGGGCCCCCUGUCGAGCCCGCCGCACCCGCCGCACCUGUCAGACCUCCCUCUCCCCAGACACCUCCUCCCGCUCACCCCCCCUCCCCCUCCCCCCUCCCGCCCUCACCCCCCCCCAGUCAGAGCCCGAGCAGACCGGCGUCGCCACAAGAGGGCGCCACCGCCAACCGUAAGAGCACACACCGGGCCUCGUCGACUCCGCCCUCGGCUCAGACUCAGCCCCCUUCCUCUUUUAGCCCCUCCUCUUCGUCCCUAAACCCCGCCUCUUCCUCAUUAGGCCCCUCCCCUCUCAUCCUGCAGCCACUCGCGUCGCCGCUUCAGGUCGGAGUCCCGCCCAUGUCCCUGCCGAUCAUCUUAAACCCCGCCCUCAUCGAAGCCACAUCCCCGGUCCCUCUGCUGCCCCCGGCGACUCGCAGCGGCGCCGCGGCUCCCGACGACGUCAAAUGACACUCAAAAACUACAAAGAACUACAAACAUGGCCGACGCAGGAAGUCACAGCUGCAGGAACGACUUGACAAAACUUAAGGACUACAAAUAUGGGGGAGCUCUGAAAACUACAGAAAUGGCGACUUUUAAGAAGACGAGAACUGAUCAAACUGAAGAUUAUCAAAAUAAAUUAUAACGGACAUUAACAAAUACGUUUUAAAACAUACUGAAAAACUACAAAAAUGGCUGCCACAGAAAGAUAGAGUGAAACUACACAACAAAACCUGCACGUUUUAUGACAAAUAAUCCAAUAUUUCGAUCUAAAAACACAAAAUAGUUUCAAGUUUUAGUCCAAAUUACACCAGUGUUUAUUUUUUAUUUAGUUGCCAAAUCUUGAAAAGUGUUUUUUUUUUCUCUUAAAAUGUAAAAAUGUGUGAGAAUCAGAAACACCGGGACAAAUGUGAAAUAAAUCGAUUCAUUUUUAGAAUUUAA